AUGGCCGGCAAGGACGACGACGAUGGUCCUGCCAUCGGGAUCGACCUAGGGACGACGUACUCCUGCGUGGGCCUCUGGCAGCACGGCCGCGUUGAGAUCGUCGCCAGCGAGCAAGGCGACCAAACCACCCUAUCCUGCGUCGCCUUCACCGACUCCGAGCGCCUCGUCGGCGAUCCCGCCAAGAACCAGGUCGCCAGGAACACUAGCAAUACGGUCUUCGAUGCCAAGCGGCUCAUUGGUAGGACAUUCAGCGAUAAAUUUGUCCAAGCCAUUUCAAAGUUCUGGCCUUUCAAAGUCAUUUCUGGACCUAGAGACAAGCCUAUGAUUGUUGUUCAGUACAAGGGCAAGGAGAGGCAGUUUUCUGCUGAACAGGUAACAUCGAUGCUUCUCAUCAAAAUGAGGGAGAUUGCAGAAGACCACCUUGGCACCACCAUCAAGAGAGCUGUCGUCACUGUCCCUGCUUGCUCCACCGACUCGCAGAGGCAGGGCACCAUGGAUGCUGGAGCCCUCGCUGGUCUCAAUGUUAUCCGUAUCAUCCCCGAGCCGACUGCUGCUGCCAUGGCUUAUGGUCUUGACAAGAAGGCCAGCAGCAGCGGUGAGGAGAAUGUUCUCGUCUUCGACCUAGGAGGUGGUACCUUUGAUGUCUCUAUUGUGAACGUAGCAAAGGGUAUCUUUGAGGUCAAGGCCGUAGCUGGUGACACUCACCUUGGAGGUGAGGAUUUUGACGAUAGGAUGGUCAAGCACUUCGUUCAGCAGUUCAAGAUAAAGAACAGGAAGGACAUCAGCAACAACCCCAGGGCUCUCAGGAGGCUUAGGACAGCUUGCGAGAAGGCCAAGAGGACCCUCUCCUCUGCUGUACAGACCACCAUUGAGAUCGACUGCCUGUAUGAAGGCAUUGACUUCUACUCAACCAUCACCCGUGCCUUGUUUGAGCAGCUCAACAUUGAUCUCUUCAGCAAGUGUAUGGAACCUGUGCAGAAGUGCCUCAACGAUGCUAGAAUGGACAAGAGCUCAAUUCAUAGUGUUGUCCUUGUUGGUGGCUCCUCUAGAAUUCCAGGGGUUCAGCAGCUUCUCCAGGACUUCUUCAACGGGAAGGAGCUUUGCAAGAGCAUCAACCCUGAUGAGGCUGUUGCCUACGGAGCUGCUGUCCAGGCUGCCAUCUUGACUGGACAGGACUGUGACAAUGAGAAUUCGAAGCUUACCGACCUCCUUUUGUUGGAUGUUACCCCCCUUUCUCUUGGUUUGGAGACGCUAGGGGGCGUCAUGUCCGUGCGGAUUCCAAGAAACACCACCAUCCCCACCAAAAUGGAGAUGGUAUUAAGUGAACAUCAGAUGAUCAAGUCUAUCGACUCCGACAACAAGACUAGCAUCCAUAUCCAGGUGUACGAGGGUGAGCGGACUAGGACUCGCGACAACAACCUGCUGGGCAGGUUUGAGUUCUGCGUUCCUCCUGCACCCAGCGGUGUUCCACAGCUCACUGUCACCUUCGACCUGGAGGUCAACGGAAUCCUGGUCGUCUCUGCUGAGGACAAAACCACCGGCCAGAAGAAGAAGAUCACCGUCAACAAGAGAUUUUAUAUUACAAAACAAUGA